AAGAAGCGAUAAGAAAUCAUCAUAAUAAUAGAGAUACGGGACGUAAAUGGAUAAAACUAGCAAAGGCAAAGAAGAAGAAGAAGAAGGCCGUAAAGGCAUAAAAGCAAGGAUAAAGAAUAUUAUCUUAGGACCGGUUCCGUCAUCUACAAGAGUAAUACCAGAGACAAAUGCUAGGAUGAUAUCUAAGCUUUUAUGGAGUUGGCUGGAUCAUUUGAUGGUUAUAGGGUUUAAAAGGCCACUUGAAGCAAGUGAUUUAUGGUGUAUUGAUGAAAAACGGACAUCCAUAAGAUUAGAUGAAAAGUUCACGGAAAAUUAUGAGAAACAUAAGGAAAAGAAGCACGCAGUGUUAUUUGCGUUGAAUGAUACAUUUCGUAAUUAUUAUUGGUCGGCUACUAUUUUUAAAUUUGUAGCGGAUAUAUUAAUUGUUUCGUCAUCACUUUUAGUUAAACAAAUUAUUAUAUUUUCUCAAAAAAGGGCAUUACAUGAACAAAAUCCAGAUAUUUAUCCGAAACAAUACGUAGCAUAUGGUAUUAUGCUUUGUUUUGUGUUAUGUUUAUUUCAAUUAACAUCUUCGCUUUGUCUUCAUCAAUCAUUUUAUCGAAGUAUGGUUGUAGGAGCAUUAUCAAGGACGGCAUUAGUGUCAUCUAUUUAUCGCAAAAGUUUUUUUCUUAAAAAUAAACAGAGAUUAGUUUAUAAUAAUGGAAAAAUCAUGAAUAUAAUCAAUACCGAUGUCACUAAUGUGGAUACUGCUCUUGGAUAUGCACAUAUUUUAUGGACGACAACAUUUCAGAUUCUUCUGAUUUUUUUGGUUAUAUUCGCAAAUCUUGGUGUCACUGCAUUUUUAGGGCUUUCCUUAUCACUUAUUUCUAUUCCUUUAUUGGGAAAAGUAUCAAAAGCUUUUAUCGCUAAAAAUCUCAAAAUUUCUUCCAUUGCAGACAUUCGUGCUCGUGUAACAAGUGAAGCACUUCAAUCUAUUAAAAUAAUCAAGUUUUGUGCAUGGGAAAAGUUUUUUUUAGAUAAAAUAACAAAUCUAAGAAAAGAUGAAGAAAAAAUAAUUAAAAUACUUAUAGCCAUGCGGUCAUUUGCUGAUUCUACAUUAAUGGUUUUACCAUUUUUUUGCAUUGUAUUAACCUUUAUUACAUACUAUUUAGUAAAAAAGAAUCUGGAUCCUGCAAUUAUGUUCUCGUCGCUAACUCUUUUUAACCAUUUAAGGAUUUCUUUUAUGCAUUUACCUUUUGCGGUGGGCAUUACUAGUAAUAUGCUUGCUUCAUUGAAAAGGAUUCAAGCAAUGCUUUCUGAUGAGGACGAUUUUGAAAAUUCCGAUCAAGUAAAAGAAUUUAGAAAUACUUUAGCAUAUCAAGAACCCGAACAUUCUCAGGAAGAAGAAUCCAACGAUGCAAUUGUUAUUAGAAAUGGAUAUUUUACAUGGGCAUCAGAUGAUGCCUUACAUCAAAAUCUAGAAAAGGAAAAAGUAAAAAAUUCAAAAAGUACUUUUUUUAGGAGAAAAAAAUCAUUAAAUCAGUCUAAUGAUUUAGAAAAGAAAAAUAAAAAAGAAACCGAGAAUGAGGAAUUAAAUAAGGAAAAAAAAGAACACAUUUCGGAUGAUGAUCAUGCAUUACAAGAAAAAAAUGAAGUUGAGAAUGAUCCUGAAAAAAGCUAUAUAAAAAAAGAUAUCAAAGUAGAUCUUAAAAAUAUUAACUUAAGAAUCGGGAAAGGGCAGCUUGUAUGCAUCGUGGGUCCUAUUGGUUCAGGAAAAAGUACACUUCUUCUUUCUAUUAUUAACGAAGUAUAUAAACUCAGCGGAACAAUAGAGUUAAAUGGCACAGUUAGUUACUGUUCUCAGAUUUCAUGGAUUCAAAAUUCAACUAUUAUUGAUAACAUUUUAUUCGGCGAGCCAUAUGAUGAACAAAAAUAUCGAGAAGUAAUCGAUGCAUGUUGUUUAGAAUUCGAUUUACAGAUAUUACCUAAUGGUGAUUUAACAGAGAUUGGAGAAAAAGGUGUUACGAUUAGUGGUGGCCAGAAACAACGAAUUAAUAUUGCGCGUACCAUUUAUUCUAGAGAAGAUAUUAUAAUAUUAGAUGAUCCAUUAUCAUCUGUUGAUUCACAUGUCAGUAAAGACAUUUUUGAAAAAUGCAUUCUUGGUCUUCUUAAAGAUAAAACAGUGGUUCUCGUGACACACAAACUUGAUAUACUUGACAAAGCGGAUAAAAUAAUUUAUCUUGAAGAUGGGGAAAUUCAAGAAAUUGGAAAAUAUUCAGACAUGAUUUCUAAGCAAGGUCGUUUUUAUCAAUUUGCUGAAAAAUUUCUCAUUACUCAUAACGAAUAUGAUGAUUUUUUGAAAAAGGCACCUGAAACAGUCAUUUCAACGGAAAAAGAAAGAAAAAUUAAAACAUUAAUGCAAAAUGAAGAACGUGAAAUAGGCUCGAUAAAAUUUAAAGUAUAUAUUAAAUAUAUUAAAGCAGCAGCGGGUCUUUGGAUCAUUCCAAUAGUUAUUCUUUUAUUAUCUAUUUUUCAAUUUUCUAGUAUUGGAAAUAAUCUAUGGUUAAGCUUUUGGAUGAAAAACCAAUUCGAAAAAUCUGCGGAAUUUUAUAUGAUAAUAUAUGCGUCAUUGGGCUUUAUCGAACUAAUUUUAUUUUUUAUUAUUGAACUUUUUCUGUUUAAUAUUGGAAUACGUGCUAGUACAAACAUGCAUUAUAAAGCUAUUCAUCGUGUUUUUCGAUCACCUAUGUCAUUCUUUGAUACUACUCCUUUAGGACGAAUUAUCAAUAGGUUCACUAAAGAUAUUAAAAUUCUAGAUAUCUCGCUUUCUGAUACUUAUUUGUCUUUUCUUCUAACACUUUCAUCAAUCACCGCUAUUUUCAUCCUUAUUAUUAUAUUUUUGCAUUACUUUUUUAUUGCACUUAUAUGUUUAAUGUCAUUUUUUUUCAUUUUAAUGACAUUCUACAGAGCAUCUUCUCGAGAAAUAAAACGACUGGAUUCUUUACAAAAAUCAAGCCUUUAUGCUCAAAUUAAUGAAACAUUAACAGGUCUUCCUAUAAUACGUGCACAUGGAAAGCAAUCAAAAUUUAAAUUAGAAAAUCAUAGAAGACUAGAUUUAUCAAAUAGCGCCUAUUUAUUAGUAUUUGCUAGCCAACGAUGGCUUGCUUUAAGAUUAGAUACAAUCGGAGCCAUGAUUUCAUUAUCUAUUACUGUUUUAACUGUAGUAUCAAAUAUUAAUCCAACAACUUCAGGUCUUAUCCUUUCAUAUUCCCUUCAAAUUAUUGGUAUUAUGUCUUGGAUGUUAAGGCAGUUUUCCGAAUUUGAAAUUAAUAUGAAUUCAGUAGAAAGGGUUCAUCAUUAUAGCGAAAAUUUAAACACAGAAGCACCAUUAAUAAUUCCAGAAAAAAGACCACCACCUGAUUGGCCUCAAAACGGUGAAAUUAUAUUUAAUAAUGUCUGGCUUAAAUAUAUGGAAGACCUUCCAUAUUCAUUAAAAAACUUAAAUAUUCAUAUUACUAAAGGAGAAAAAGUAGGCAUAGUUGGCCGUACGGGGGCAGGAAAAAGUUCUAUUAUAGUAGCUCUUUAUAGACUCGUAGAAAUAUCUAAAGGCUCAAUAACAAUUGAUGGAAUUUCUAUUUCAGAUAUAGGUCUCCAUGAUUUAAGAAGUAAACUAUCUAUUAUUCCACAAGAUCCAAUACUCUUUGAAGGAACAAUUCGGUCAAAUCUUGACCCAUUUCAACAAUAUACGGAUCAAGAAAUUUGGGAUAGUCUAAAAAAAUCAUGGUUUCUAGAUUCCAUCAAAGAAUAUCAUGGCAAAAAUGAUGAAGGAUUAUCAGAAUUCAAUUUAGAAUGGCAUGUAGAAGCUGAUGGACAAAAUUUUAGUCAUGGACAACGUCAAUUAUUAACUAUGGCAAGAGCAUUAUUACGAAAAUCUAAGAUUGUCAUUUUUGAUGAAGCAACAUCAAGCAUUGAUGCUAGAACAGAUUUAAAGAUUCAACAAACUGUUCAAACCUACUUUAAAGAUAUAACACUUUUAUGUAUAGCAAACAGAAUUAACACUGUUAUUAAUUACGACACCAUCAUUGUUAUCAGUUCAGGUACACUUGUUGAAUUUGGUCCUCCAAAAGAACUUUUUAAUAAAGAAGAUGGGGCCUUUCGGUCUAUGUGUAUACAUGCAGGAAUAACAAAUAUAUAAACAACUAUAUUAAAACAUUUCUUUAUUCAAUAUUCAACUAUAUAUU